UGUACCGUACUUGCCUAACAUAUCACUCGUCUUUUAUAUUUCACUCGAUUGCGGACAAAUUAACCGUUCGUUUGAGAUUUGCGAAGUUCUGGCUUCGCCCGGGCCUUUCACUUGUGGCCCGGCCACAAAUUAACCUGUUAAAGCCGAUUAUAUUAUGCUCAAAUCUCGGUUAUCAGCUAGGCCUUUGUUGCUCAUCAGACAGUGCCAAACCCGAGCCUACUGUUAUGUCAUUUGGAUUCAUGCGCAAAAGCGUGAGAGAUUUGUAUAUGGUAGGCAAAAAGAUGUUUACAUAAAGAUCCAGAGAAGUGACUGAAUGCCCAUUAACGUCAGCAAGUGGUUGAAAAGCCUCACGGGAGCCGACCUACGGCGCUGCCCCGACCGCGCUCAAGCUUGAGUGGAGGGACUCGCAACCAGGCAGACAGGCGACAAUUACCAGCACAGAAGACCAAGUUAUACCCCAAAGUAAUUAUAUACUUCAAUAAACCCCAUAGAAGGAAGGACUUUGGUGUGGAGGAAAAUUGCAGAAUAAAUAAGUAAAAAAGGCAAAGAGACAUAGUAGACCUCAUGAGUCUUUCCUCCCUGCUGCAAUCCUGUAUUCAACAGACCAAGGAGACACUGAUCAGUAUGGUGGAUAUAGAUGGACAAGGCCACAGGUUGGUGCACCUAGAUUUGAAAGGAGCACCACCAAGGAUAAAUUACUAUGAGCAGUUGUUUCCACUAAUAAGAAGCUUUGGUGCCACUGGUUUGCUUAUAGAAUAUGAAGAUAUGUUUCCAUACCAUGGCAAGCUAAAGCAUUUACAGGCUCUAAAUGCAUACACACCAGAUGAUAUUGCAAAACUCCAUAGCAUAGCAGAGGUUAAUAAUCUCAUUGUCAUUCCUCUGGUCCAAACAUUUGGACAUUUUGAGUAUGUCUUGAAGCAUGAUGAGAACAGAGCCCUGAGGGAGGUGGAGCAUUAUCCCAAUGCUCUCUGUCCAACACACCCAGAUGCUUUCCCUUUGGUCACCAAGCUCAUCACACAGGUCCUGGAGCUCCACCCCAAAGACAAGCAUUUGCAUAUUGGAGCUGAUGAGGUUUGGCACAUUGGAAGAUGUCCUCGAUGUCAGGAUGAAAUAGAAUCGCACAAGAUAACCACAAAUGAUCUCUUCCUGAUGUGGGUACUUAGGUUGGCUAAGUGGAUCAAGGCUAAAUAUCCUCAUCUAACACUCAUCAUGUGGGAUGAUAUGAUGCGCCAAAUUCCUCUUGAGAAGCUCCUAAAUAGUGGAAUAGGGGAAGUUGUUGAACCAAUGAUAUGGCAGUAUCAUGCUAAAAAGUUUGACUUUCCUCUAGAUCUUUUCAGUCGAUAUGGAACAGUUUUUGAUGGGCUUUGGGUAGCAAGUGCUUUCAAAGGUGCUACAGGAAGUACACAGUUUAUACCCCCGAUCCAACACCAUAUUAACAAUCAUCUGACAUGGAUAACAACUCUCGCAGAACAUAAGCAUCAGUUCAAGAAGUAUCGUGGUAUAUGUAUCACUGGUUGGCAGAGAUAUGAUCACUAUGCCGUGCUUUGUGAGCUUCUGCCUGUGGGAAUUCCUUCACUUUGUUUGUGUCUCAGAGUUCUCACCCAUGAGUCCUUCACUGAAACAGAUCAUGACAGUGUUUCACAGCAGUUGGGAUUCUCUCACCGAAUUAAUGUCAUUCCAUUUCCAAGACCUCAGGUUAUAGAACAAGGGAUGCAGUUCCCAGGAUACAGAGUUUACAUUGGGGUCCAGAUGUGGUCUAACUUUGUAUGCAAGUAUCAGGCCAUCAGCAACUCUGAAGGGAUGUUGGGUUGGUUCAGUGACUACCAGAGGUCAAAAAACUUCACUAAUCCUGUUCAAGUGGAAAGUAUAAUGAAACCUCUUCAGGAAGUUCUUCAGAAUUUGACAGAGCUUCGAUCCCAUUUUAUCCCUUGGCUGCUGGAGAUAUUUUAUGAAGAUACAGUCGAGGAAUGGGUUGGCUCAUUUAUUGACCCUCUUUUAGAGAAGUUAUCUCAAGUAAUUGAAGAGUGCAGGAAGCAGAUUAACAUUGGAGGAAGAGUGAAGAAUUACAAAAAGAUAGAAAGUUAAAGUGAGUAGAGGAGUAGGGAUUUAUAUUUAUGUUACCAGGAGGACUAAUUGCGAAUACGUAAAUACUGCUGUGGGAUUGAAUACUGAUAUUAGCAGAUAUUAUCUGAAUUCAGGAGUCAAAAUGUAACCACAACUUCAUUGUGAGUACUUUAUUUGCUUGAGAUCAUACUGCUGAAUGAGAUCCCAUUGUGAGUACUUUAUUUGCUUGAGAUCAUGCUGCUGAAUGAGAUCCCAGUCUGGUUUGCCCAAGUAUUAAAGGCUAAUCAGUUGUAGCACUGUGUGAUAUAUUUGUUUGAAGAAAAGUUGAAAUGGAAAGUAAAAGUUCUAGCAUAAAUAGUCACUGUAAUGAUCUGUAAAUAAUACUAAACCUUUACAACCAUUUGAUAAGAGUGAAUCUGCAAUUCUUAAAGUUCCCCAAACUUGAAGAAGGAGCUGCUUUGUAUUUUGAUAAAUAGAUGUUAAAUUUGUGAUGCUGUUUUCACAUAAACCUGAAAUUUUUUUGUCCUUUUCCAUCUGAUGCUGUUAAUGGAAUGUGGCUCACACUGUUGAUCAAGGCUGUCAUGUUUCUAUACUUCAGAUCUUGUUGUACAUCUGAGAAUUAAAAAAUAUGUAAGUUACAUUUUGUUUAAAACUUGGAUUCAGUUAUGGGGAAACAAUGGUCAAGUGAAAAUGUCAAUGCUGGCAAAAAAGUGCAAAGUGAAUGUUUUUGUUAAACAUCAGUAACUUCAAAAUAGUCAUCAUUUACAAUGUUAAUGGAGCUAUUGUAAUAUGUCACUUUAAUGCAUAAAAUGAAUAAAGUUUGUCUAAUU